UGACUCUAGCCAUAGCAGUUUCGAAACCUCAAAUGUGUAUAAUGGGAGCAGCAUUCGCGAAAGUAGUAGAAGAAGAAUUGACAGUUUUGAUAGAGAUUGUUGAAACACAUCCAUCUCUCAAAUCAUAA